GGUGGAUACAUUUUGACGUCUGAUUCAUGACGUGUUGUGUUGUGUAGGCGAGGAGGCAAGGAAAAGGUUGCUCGGCUAUGAGGAGCGACUGGAAUGUUUAUAGGUUGCUUGAAAUGCUCAUUCAGGUAUGGAUAUAAUGAGACAGGUGAGUCGGUUCGUUGGUUGGGGCAACCCAAUCGAAAAAACCACUCUUUGCUACCGUUGCACAGGUUGGUUGCAGCCCGAGAACGGAUAACCAUAAAUAUGACCACGUCUGUUUGUUGGUGUGUGAUGACGGGAUGGGACGGGAGAUACUGCGUGGCGGUUUGCCGGUGUUAGCAGGCUGUGACCUCCCGUGUGGUGUCGCGGGCUGCGGGAUGCGAGAUGCGGGGAGCACACGAUCUAUCCGAGGCUGGAUACAGUACAGAUCAGCUGCUGGUCGGGCUCCUUUUGCGCCGCUGAUUGCUCGCGAGGAGAGUGAGGGAGAAGGCGCUGAUCGAUUUCAAUUGCAAGCCUGCUCCUGCCUUGUAAAUCUGGGAACGGCGCAACGUUACACGCCCAUGCUACCCCAGUCGACUUACAUUUACACUGGCGAUGCGCGGAGAACCAUGCCUGUUCGGAGUUCAACAAGCCACAUCUGGGAAUGGUCUUCAAGCUCUAUAUUCUUUUGGAGAAGACGAGUGUGCAUAUUUGCCUCGCAUUUAUCGCGUCCUAUCCUCCGGCAUGGCGGCGCCCGUAUGCAGUGGCUGUUGCUGUCAUGGAUCCUUGUAGACAUGGAGAUCGUCGGCGGAUCAUUUGUGUUAUAAUCCGUGGUAGCCGAGACAAGAACAUAACGCAUGGUUGAUGGGCGUCACAGCCACCCGCCCAGCCCUUUAGACUAUGUUAAGGUAUCCGUUGGGCUGAAGGACACGGGCUUGAAACUGUGAG